AUGAGACUCAUCAAAACCGUGAUUGUCAUGGUCCCUUUUCUGAAGUGGCCAGCUGAGCUGUUUUCAAACGUGUUUCAGUGCUUUCCUACGUCACGGACUUCACACCGCGAGUCUGGUCGGUUUGGUCUGGACUCGGGUGAUGCCAAGCAAGAGGAUACCAUUAUGGAUGACCUGAAAGUAUGUCUACAACUCAUUCUUCUCUGGUAUUUGCUAAUAGUACAGUUUGUCCGAGUUUGGUCCACUGAUCCCAAGUCAUCUCCAGAGGCUGUGGUCUGGCACCACAGCUUAGACGAUGUCGUCAAAGUCAUAGUGCCUCUCCCAUGCCACGAUGGACAUAAAAAGUUAGCAGACCUUGCUGUGGACAAGGAUGGUGUCGAAAGGGUUCUCAAUUACUUCGAAACCGUGAGGUCUCUGCCGCUAGGCAGCAGAGACCCAAUGGUCCUCGCUCAGAGGCCAAGAGACUUGACUCUCAAAAGAGUUGAGGCCUGCAAGCAGCUACGUGACGCCUACCGUGAUCGUCUAGAAAAGGACUUCGAUGACCAAGACCCCACCGGGCUCGAACGACGACUCGAUGCCCGAGGCCGCACCUGGCUCGAACGGCGACUCCAAUCAAUAGUCGAGGUGGUAGAUAAGCUUCAAAACAGCGUCCAGCUGGAGGAUCCUAGCAACGGGUAUGCUCCAGCGUAUCCAAGUCACCGCCCAGCUCGUGCUAUGUUAGUCGACUUGGCCGUCCUGCCGGAACAUGCUGCGACAGUUCGCUCCAAAUAUUUGCCAGCAAACUUUGCUCCGUUCAGCGGCCAUGAUCCUUUGGUCUGCUCAGAGCCAGGUGACGAUAUGGACAUGAAGAGAGCUCUAGCUUUUAGAAGAGUCCUUUCAAGAUAUGAUAAUGCUCAGAGAAUCCAACAGUCCCGCGGUCAGAUAUCCGGACCUGAGAAUGAGCUUAUCAGCAACUGGUUCAGUAAGUACAUGACGGAGCUUGAAGGACGCAUUAAAGCAAUCCAUGGUUUCGAGGUAAUGUUGUGUUGA